AUGUAUGGCAUUGCCGACAACCAGAAGAUCUACGAGGUUGACGUCACCGAUCGGAUAGUGAAUGCCGUGCACGACGCGAGGCCCGACAUCCCGUCCGGCCUAGCCAACGGCUUUGCCUACGACACCGCCCGUGACCAGUUUUUCUUCCUGUCGGCGGACAAGCAGCUGCAGUUCUGGGUCAGCAGCCCUUGA